CCUUCACCUCGGUGAGUUUUGAGCCUUGAAACUUCAUUUGCUAUCAAUAUCAAUUAAGACUUGGUUGAAAUAUUACAUACGCCCUGUGUUUUUUCUUUCCUUUUCUUCUUCUUUUUUUCUUGAUAUAUAACCUAAACUACAGCGCCGUUCGUCUGCGACGCCUCAUAAUAUGUUGAAAUCAACGUAUAAACCCUCUCAAAACCAGCUACCGCCUCUACCUCCGGGCUGGACAGAACACAAAGCUCCCACGGGUCAUACUUAUUACUACAAUGCGGCUACAAAACAAUCCACGUAUAAUCGCCCGUCCACGUCGCCUCUGCCUCCUACUCCUGCCGUUCCACAGCAUUUCCCCCAAGAUCCUCAUGCGAGUUUUUUCCAGUACUCCAGCGUCCCUCAGCUUUCCGACCCCGCGACCGCGAAUGCCUUCCUCGCUCAAUAUGACCCUGCACACCAACGUCACAUACAACAGCAGCAGCAUGGCGGCCGUGGCGGCCACCGCGGACAUCAUGAAGGGAAAGAUCGACCACGCCCUCAGCCGAUAGACAAACCGAAAUCCAAAGUUGCCAUACCAGGUUGUGAGCCUUGGCUGCUAGUGUAUACCAAGUAUGGCCGCCGCUUCGCUUAUAAUCCCGUUAAGAAUGCGAGCUAUUGGAGGAUACCUGAGAAGGUUAUGAAAGGUAUUCUAGAACUAGAUAUCAGAGGAAUUAAAGAGAAGGCUACAGGCGAGCAUGCGGGAGUGACAGAUGCUAAGGUAUCUACAUCUCCCUCCGCAGAGCCGGAAGGAAAACCCUCUACUGCAGAGGCCGCGGCAGGAAUAGGGGAACAAGUAGAGCUAGGUUCGGACUAUGAAGAAGUAGAGGUUACGGACGAUGAAGACGAGCAAGAGGAAGAUGACAGAGAAAUUGAGGAGGGGGAUCGAGAUAGUGAGCGCCCUUCGAAACGACAGCGUACGGAAGAGCCUACCGAAGAUGUGCCCGUCGAAUUCAACGAAGACGAUAUUGCGUACCAGUUACAGGCAAUGGGAGAUGAUUACGGUCUGGAUCCGGGCGAAUACGACGACGGCAAUCCCGACGCGUGGCCUGAAGGUGCAGAAGGUCUUCAGCUAUCUGAGGCAGACGCGAGGGAGCUAUUUAAAGACCUAUUGAAUGACUACGGCAUCAAUCCCUACUCAUCAUGGGAGAAACUCAUCGAAGAAGGUCGCAUCAUCGAUGACGGACGAUAUACCGUGCUCAAUACGAUGAAAGCCCGCAAAGACGUAUGGGAAGAAUGGAGUCGCGAGCGAAUACAAGUUCUUAAAGAGCAACGGGCCAAAGAAGAAAAGAAGGAUCCUCGCAUUCCGUAUCUGGCAUUCCUGCAACAGAAAGCAACGCCAAAGCUCUACUGGCCCGAAUUUCGGCGCAAGUAUAAGAAGGAAGCGCCUAUGCGCGAUACCAACUUGAGCGACCGCGACCGCGAGAAGUGGUAUCGCGAACAUAUCAAUCGAUUGAAGUUACCUCAAGACACCCUCAAAAAAGAUCUAACUACGCUUUUACGUAGCGUCCCUCUCCGUUCUUUCAAUAACAAGACCCACCUAGAAAACCUACCUCCUGAAAUACUGGCUGAUUUACGCUACAUCAGCCUGGACCCGCAGAUCCGAGACCCCUUGAUAGAGGCAUAUAUCCAGACCUUAGGGCAGCCACCUGCCGAUGACGGGGUUGAAGAGGAUGACGAGGCAGCACGGAAGGCGAAAGAGGAACGGAGAAAGCGGGAAAAGGCGCUUCAAGAACGAGAGCGUAUUGUCGCAGAAGAAAAACGAAAGCAAAAGAGGCAACUAGAACUUGGAAAGGCAGCCCUGAGAGAAGAGGAGCGAGAAUUAGAGAGAGCCAUGCAGGUAGGGAAGAAAGGCCUACAGAGUCAACUUUUAGCUGCGAGUAAGGUCGAUGAUAAUGCUACAGGGUAAGUUUACAUAUUUUCUACCUUAGGGUAGGGAGGAGGUAGAUAUAAUAUAAGCAGAGAGCGAAAGUUGACUCUUAGCAAGAAUAUGAUUAGUUGCGAUGACAGAAAUCUCCGAAUUGUUCUGCGGUAUUAUUU